GUGGCCAGGCCUUUGCAGUAGGGAGUUGUUUGGCGGAUCCCGCAAGUUUUCCUCUACUUCACAUGUUAUUGUUGUUCCCUUAAAGGAAGGCAAAACUCUUUAAAUUCACCCACACUUGCCUGCCUCGUCACUCGGUGUCUCCACGGACUUUAACAGCAGAGUUUCGGGGCGUGGUGCACAAACUAGGGAGCCCCAAAGCAGGCAGGAAGGCAGGCAGGCAGGCAGGGGACUCGGGCUGACCACGGCGGAGCUUAUGAUGCCGACGUUGCGGGACAGCACCAUGUCCCACCCCGGCGAGAACUCCCACCAAGUCCGGGUGAAAGCGUAUUAUAAAGGGGACAUCAUGAUCACUCAUUUUGAGCCGUCCAUCUCAUACGAGGGUCUGUAUGGGGAGGUAAAGGACAUGUGCUCCAUGGACAACGACCAACUCUUCACCAUGAAGUGGAUCGACGAGGAAGGUGACCCCUGCACCGUGUCGUCUCAGCUGGAGCUGGAAGAAGCCCUGCGUCUCUACGAACUCAACAAAGACUCGGAGCUCAUUAUCCACGUGUUCCCAUGUGUACCAGAGAAACCUGGCAUGCCGUGUCCGGGAGAAGACAAGUCUAUAUAUCGGCGUGGAGCGAGGCGCUGGAGGAAGCUUUACUAUGCUAGUGGUCACGCCUUUCAGGCCAAGCGCUUCAACAGGCGAGCCCACUGCGCCAUCUGUACAGACCGAAUCUGGGGUCUGGGAAGACAAGGCUACAAAUGCAUCAACUGCAAACUGCUGGUGCACAAGAAGUGUCACAAACUGGUCACAGUGGAGUGUGGCAGACAGAUGAUCCAGGAACCAAUCAUGCCCGGUGCGCCAUCGAAUCAAUUAGACCAAACUGAACAGCCAGGCCCUCAGAAUAAAGACUCCAGAGAAAGCUUGACUUAUGACGGAGAAGAGAAAGAGGCGCGCAGCAGUAGAGACACGGGGAAAUCGCCCUCCAGCCUCGGCCUGGCAGACUUUGAUCUGCUGAGGGUGAUCGGCCGAGGCAGCUACGCCAAGGUGCUGUUGGUGCAGCUGAAGAAGACAGAGCGCAUCUACGCCAUGAAGGUGGUGAAGAAGGAGCUGGUCAAUGACGAUGAGGAUAUCGACUGGGUCCAAACAGAAAAGCACGUUUUUGAGCAGGCCUCCAAUCACCCCUUCCUGGUCGGCCUCCAUUCCUGUUUCCAGACAGAAAGCAGAUUGUUCUUUGUUAUUGAAUAUGUGAACGGUGGAGAUCUAAUGUUCCACAUGCAGAGACAAAGGAAACUCCCAGAAGAACACGCCAGAUUCUACUCCGCGGAGAUCAGUUUGGCGCUCAACUACCUCCACGAGCGGGGAAUCAUCUACAGAGAUCUGAAGCUCGACAACGUGCUGCUGGACUCUGAAGGACACAUCAAACUGACAGACUACGGCAUGUGCAAGGAGGGCUUGAGACCAGGCGAUACAACGAGCACGUUCUGUGGUACACCCAAUUACAUCGCCCCCGAAAUACUGAGAGGAGAGGAUUAUGGGUUUAGUGUGGACUGGUGGGCGCUGGGUGUGCUGAUGUUUGAGAUGAUGGCGGGCCGGUCGCCCUUCGACAUCGUCGGGAGCUCUGACAACCCGGACCAGAACACAGAAGACUACCUCUUCCAAGUAAUAUUGGAAAAACAGAUCCGAAUCCCCCGCUCGUUGUCAGUCAAAGCCGCCAGCGUCCUCAAGGGCUUCCUCAACAAGGAUCCCAAGGAGCGUCUAGGCUGCCACCCUCAGACGGGCUUUGCCGACAUCAUGGGCCAUCCAUUCUUUAGAAACGUCGAUUGGGACCUUCUGGAGCAGAAGCAGGUGGUCCCUCCUUUCAAGCCCAACAUCUCAGGGGAAUUCGGAUUGGACAACUUUGACGCCCAGUUCACCAAUGAGCCCAUCCAGCUAACACCUGAUGACGACGAUGUGGUCAAGAAGAUCGACCAGUCUGAGUUUGAAGGAUUCGAGUACAUCAACCCACUCCUGAUGUCGGCGGAGGAGUGUGUGUGAGGGGACUGGACAUCUGUGCUCAUACACACACACACACACACACACACACACACACACACACACACACACACACACACAC